AUGCAACGCUUGUUGACAGUUGACAUCGUGGUUGGGAUCAUGCCAACUAUUCUGUUGCUGCUGCACAUGGCCCGAAAAAUCAGAAUGUCCUAUUCCCAAAACCAGUGUCAAGAUUGUGAAUCUUUCCUUAGCUGUCCUAAGUGGAACUUCCCUACUGAGGAGUUGAGAGUCCCGGCCGAGGGCGGCCAGCUGCGCUGCAAAGCACUGACUAGCCCGGACCCUUCCACCUCUCUUGUCAACCCUGCCGGCUCGGCGGUCCGACGCUACUCCGUCGCCUCUACUUCGGCUCACUUGAUCGCCCAACUGCCCGACGCCUCGACACCUCGACCGCCCAAUCUCCUGAUCGCCCGACUCUCCGACCGUCCGACCGUCCGAUCGCCCGACCAGCCAACCAGCCGAUCUCCUGAAAGUCUGACCUCUCCGACAUUACGACCCCGCGACAGACUGACCGGCCGACCUCCUGAUCGCUCAACCAUUCAACCACCCAACCAUCCGACCAUCCAUCCAUCCAACCGCCCAACCACCAGACCACCCGACCAGCCGACCACUCGAACAUCCAUCCAACUACCCAACCAACCGAGCACACAGCCACCAAACCACCCGAUCAUCCAACCACCAAACCAUUCAAACACCCGGCCAUCCAUUCAUCCAUCCAAUCACUCGAUCAUCCAAUCACCUGAUCACCAGAUCACCCAACCACCCAACUUCGAUCAUCCAUCCAUCUAUCCAACUAUUCAACCACACAAAUAA